AUGUCGGUAGCUUUCGAUCAGCCGCCUCUCGAUGCGCUCGUGAGCGGCCCGGUUGUCGACUCUGCCUCAAUUACGCCGCCGCGGAGCGCAAACGGAAAGAAGGAUAUCCCCGAAGGAGUGCCCUCUGAGUUAUCAGACCUGGAGCUGGAUCAGAAGUCAACUCAGGCGCCCGACGAAAUGCCGAUCAAGCAGGAAGAGCAGGAAGAACAGGAAGAACAGGAAAUAGACAUCGGUCCAAUCGAACCCGACCAUUACUACGGCGAUGGAAAGAUCCCCGUGUUCAAACCGACUAUGGAUCAAUUCCGAGAUUUCAAAAAGUUCAUCAACAAAAUCGACGGUUAUGGAAUGAAAGCCGGAAUCGUGAAAGUCGUGCCUCCAAAGGAAUGGACUGAUUCACUCACCCCGCUGGACGAGGCAGUGAAAUCAAUUCGUGUGAAGAAUCCUAUUAUGCAAGAAUUUCAUGGUUCGCACGGCACCUACACCCAAGCAAACAUCGAAAAACAGCGCACCUACAACCUACCACAAUGGAAGGGUCUUUGUGAGGAGAGUAGCCAUCAACCCCCUGCUCGCCGAGGAGAACGACGCCGCAACCAGGAACGCGGGAACCGUACGGCCAACACCCCGCGGCCCCAGUCUGCCCGUCCGACAGGUGACGGCGCCAAGCGUCGUCCUGGCCGUCCUCCUAAGCGCGGAAACCAGAUAAAGGUUAAGGAGGAACCCGUCGAUGAUGCCGACUCUUCCAAGCCAGAGGGGCCCCCGACCCCUGUGUCGCCCGAAUCACAUCCCGUCGAGACCAAAAGCGAGGACCUCAGCGAAGGUGAAUCUCUUCCCCCUACAAAGCCCAAGGGCAGACAGCCCAAGUCUGUGACUUCACGACGCAAGAACAACCGUGGCGAAACAGUGGAUCAUUUCGACGAAGAAGCGUUCAAGGGAUUUGAUUAUCGCAUUCACGAUCACGAGGACUAUACCGCAGAGAGAUGCGAGGAGCUCGAAACAGCAUAUUGGAAGUCUCUCAUGUACAACAACCCGAUGUACGGAGCGGACAUGCCCGGUUCCCUCUUUGAAGACUCGGUCGAUUCGUGGAAUGUCGCCAAAUUGCCUAACCUGCUUGAUGUUAUCGGUCAAAAGGUGCCCGGUGUCAACACAGCAUAUCUAUACCUUGGAAUGUGGAAGGCCACUUUCGCUUGGCACCUUGAGGACGUGGACCUUUACAGCAUCAACUACAUCCACUUUGGUGCCCCGAAGCAGUGGUACAGCAUUUCACAGGAGGACGCCCCCAAAUUUGAGGCGGCUAUGCGCAGUAUCUGGUCAAGCGAUGCAAAGAAUUGCGAUCAGUUCUUGCGCCACAAAACAUAUUUGGUUUCCCCAAGCUUGCUUAAAUCUCAGUAUGGCAUCACCGUGAACCGACUUGUCCACUACGAAGGAGAAUUUGUCAUCACUUUCCCUUACGGCUACCAUUCCGGCUACAACAUCGGUUACAACUGUGCCGAGUCGGUCAACUUUGCAACUGAGAAGUGGUUGGAGUAUGGUCGGGUUGCCAAGAAAUGCCACUGCGAGGCGGACAGUGUCUGGAUCGACGUUGAUGAGAUCGAGCGUAAGCUACGUGGUGAAUCGACACCCGAGUAUUAUGGCGAAUACGACAGCGACCUCGAAGGGUUUGAAGGUGCUUCAGAUCUUCUUACGCCUCCGCGCAGUGUGCCCGAGAAAACCUCCACCCGGGGUCAAAAGCGGAAGAACGCGGGCGACGGCCCGAGAACCAAACGAAUUAAACUCCACCUCCAGGGACCACGGAAGAUCCCGUGUCUACUAUGCCCUAACGAUCUUGAUUACGAGGAUCUGUUACCGACGGAGGAUGGCAAGGGCAAUGCUCACCGGCGGUGUGCAUCGUUCAUCGAGGAGACCACUAUCCUCCGCGAUGCAUCUGGCAACGAAGUCGUGUGUGAUAUCGACAGGAUCCCUAAGGCUCGUCUAGAUUUGAAAUGCCUCUUCUGUCGCGAGGUUCGUGGCGCUUGCUUCCAGUGCAAUUUCGGGAAGUGCACUCGAGCCUAUCAUGCCACAUGUGCGCUUUUGGCUGGUGUUCAGGUCGAACAUGGGUCCAUUGCCGUAAUUGCCGAUGAUGGUCAACAAUACUCGCUACCCAGCGUGGACUUGAAGUGCAAAUUCCAUCGUCAAAAACGCCCAGCUGGUCUGCUCGGGGAGUCAUCCGACUUGGAUCGCCGGGUGAUUGAAGCUGCUCGUCGUCUAGUGCAAGGUGUUUUGAUCCAAUUCCAAGUCGACAAGGAAAUCAAUGGCGCCAUUGUGCUUCAGAACCGACCGGAAGAGCGGAGUCUCCUGCUGAAGGUUUUGCCGAGAGGAGAUGUCAUUGAGAUGCCAUAUCGAUGGAUGCUGGUGGUGCGCAAGAGUAAUUUCGUGCCCCUCGCGCCAGGCAUCCCACCGCUCCCGGCCCACUUAGCGCGCAAGCCCGAACGCAAAGAGCUCGAAGCGGCUAUCCCGGUGGCAGGCAGUGCCUUUGGCGACACCGGAUCUCCCUAUCAAUGGGCCGAGUUCGAGACGGUGGAUGCAACUAGGAAUUCAUUUGCCCCACUGACGGUCAACCUGGACAAAGGGGAACAGGUGUGGCAUUACCUGGGAGCUCCGUCCACCGAGAGUAGGGCACAGUAUACGCACAACCCUAGCGUGCCUAUCCACAACCCGCGGGCCAAUUUCCUGGACAGCGUCAAGUCGCUUGGCGUGGCUGGAGUCAGUGCUCGUGCAUCGAAGAUCUCACCCCACCACCACUUCCGCUAUGCUCCCACCGCCCCUGCCCCUCCCUACCAGCAAAAUCUUUACGCCCGACAACCCCAGGUAAAACAACAACAACAACAUCAUUAUCUGACCCCCUCGCUCACCUUGCCCCUCCCCCCUCACCCUGCCCCUGCUGCCGGUGCUGCUGCUGGUCCUGCGAUGCCGUCGGCCUUUCGUACCCUUCCAAAUCAAUCUACCCGUCAUGCCCCCUAUCCUUCCGUCGCCAAGUCGCACCAGCAGCAGCAUCACCUCCCUUCCACCAAUACCUUUGCCAACGUUCGUGAACUUAUUGCCCGCCGUCGUCUGGCCCAGAUCACCGACCAUGCCAAUGUCUUCGCCGGGUACACGAUCGUUAGCCCCGAAUUGGUGGUAGAGACCCUGCUGGGCCCCAUGGGCUCCAUUCCCCCGGCAAAUGGCCUCGAGAAGCUCGAGCUCGCCAUGGCCCAGCAGCGGGUGCAGCCUCGGGCUGCUGAUGGAACCUUGUUACCGCCUCAGACUCUGAAUAUGCGGUCGGAGGAGGUGACUCGUCUACUUCAGAUGCUUCGGUUUUCGUUAGUUAGCCAUCGUGAGCGACUAGACGUCAUCCAGAAGAAGGAGUCGGAGGGGGUUAAGCAAGAGACCAUUGAUCGGGGAAGCGUGGCUGCGGCUAAGAUGCCGGGUAAAUACGCCUUCCUUGAUCAGCAGCGGGCCCUGGCUCCCAAAGUGUAUCAGUCCCCGUACAAUAUGCCGUCCGGCCUCUCUGAGUAUGCCAAGACGACCUAUGGGCUGAUCCAUUCGGAGGGUGAGCCGCCCAAGUCGUCACUGGCCAAUGAUUUCUUCAACAGCCUCUCCCAGGUCGACAAGGAAAAGAUUAUGAAGACAUGCGGCAGCUUUGUGCAGCGUGCUAUCGACCGGUCGACCAGCCAUAGCCGACAUAGCUCCACUGGCUCUAAUUUACGGCUAUCAUCAGCACUGGCUCAGCAGACCUCCAACCCGACCAUCGAUAUCACGACGGUAGACGAUCCCCCACUCUCCGGUCUGGAUCUGCCCCUGCAUGCCGAUUCCCCAGGUUCCAGUUUCGGCCGGUCGCACCUGCGGUUCCAAUCGCCCAAUGAAUUCCCUAUCCACGGCCCCGAUCCCCAUCCCGAUCAUCACGAUCUCUUUGGGGAUCAGCAGGCAAACACCCGCUUUUGGCAAAACGGGCCGUGGAUUGCUGGCGAUGGCAACACCCCGAAUGACGAGAACCGAACGUUCUUCGGACCGCAAUUCGGGCCGCACGAACGUCUCAAGCACGACUAUGCCUCCUCCGACAUCUCCCUGGGCAAGGGACCGGGAUCUUUACACUCUGUCGACAUGGCUGGUUUCGGCCUCGACGCAACUGAUGAUCUCUGUGGCGAAUUGAGCCCAUGA